AUGAACGCAAAUCGAGGUGGUGCUUACAACGAUGAAUCUUUUGGCAACGCCAGAGCUAGGGCUGUUCGAGUAUAUGAGGAGGUGUUCGGGGCAGAGUCAGAGGAAUUUCUCGAGUAUGCCGAUCACUUACCUAGAGACUUCAACCUGUCAUCACGGCCUAGCAACACUAAGCUGCACAAGAUGUUCCUUGACUGCGCUGCACAGGCUAUCAGACCCCAGGACAAGGUCACUGGGCGACGGUGGUUUUCAUGGUUGGUGCGUUUUCGUGGUCUGUCAAAGAAGGGGUCGGAUGACGAAUUGGCAGACAUUUCAUUUGACGAACUAGACGACCCAAGCCGGACAUCGAAAUUUGGAGGGCUAGACUCUUCCUGGACAACCGACCUGAUUUUGAACCAGAGGUGUUCAGACCUGAAAGGUAAAAACCGCUUGACGAUGAAGAAGGAAGAUUCUGAUGGAGACGAUGAGAAACCAGAAAAACCACUUGAUAUCAAAGCGAUGAAGAAAGGGCUGCUGGACCAAAACACAGCAAGGGCUCGUGAAUCUUUGGCUCGGUUCAUUGACAUGGGGAAGGCGGUGAUUGAAGCAAAGGAAGCCAUGCAAGAUCCAACCAACCAUGACAGAGUUGAUGUAAAGCCUUCCGGAACAGAAACCGAUGAGAAAGCAGUCGCUGCACUGAUUGGCAUAAUGCAAGCUCGGGCAUUCUGCUAUGAUGGGGUUGGAGAUUUGUGGGCGGGAUGUGUCUUGCAGCGCGGCCUUCUCUACCAAAGGAAGCAUGACAUGACUGUAUUUGUUUGCCUGGGGUUUGUGGAGUACAUUGCACUUGGCUGGGUGCUUGAACCGGUUCAGACUGAUGCUGAAGUCUCUGACACCUACUACAAGUCACCUAGCUGCAACGAUCAUCAGACCGCUGUUCGCAAUUUGGAGUUUUUGACAGUCACCGGAUUGAGUGGGUUAGAACGCACGGACAAGAACGAGGAGUUUGCAGGAAUUCCAUUCAAGUUCUAA